AGUGCAUUCUGGGUGCGCCGUGGUAUGUGUUUUGAGAGGAAAAAGGAGAACAAUCGGAGGAUAAUUAUUCAAACUUUACAACAAUCUGCAUGUCUAACUCUAAAACACGCGUGGCUGUGCAUUAACACGUGUCGCAACCCAUUUCACUAGGAACCGUCACAAACGGAGAACCGUGUCCCGGGGUGUGUGUCAGACGGGCAGCUGUGGCGGCUAGCUGCUAAUUUAGCCUUCUAAACGGAAAUGAAAACAGUUUAUACCCCAGGCGUGUGAAUAAUGGUCAUAAGGGAGCUUUUAGCCCGUAGUUGUUGACAGUUGUGAGGACUGGAGGAUGGAGGAGGGCGGGCGGAGCCGGGGCGACGCCGCCGACGACGUGGUGAUCAUCGUGGAGAACGAGGCCGAGAGUCUGCCGGCCGAGGAGGAGAGGAUGAAGCUGCAAGCCUUCGGGCUCAUGGACACGUGCCCCAUGUGCAAGCUGAGCUUCCACAACAGAGAGCCCAAGCUGCUGCCCUGCCUGCACUCCUUCUGCAGGAGGUGUCUGCCCGCGCCCUUCAGGAGCGCGGAGCCGCGGAGGGAGCUGCAGGGAGCGGACGGAAACAAGCCAAUGGGUGCCAUUCGCUGCCCGGUCUGCAGACAAGAAUGCUGGGAGAUGGACAUUCUGGACAAUUUCUUUGUGAAGGACUCCGUUGAGGUGCCCAGCAGCACGAUGGAGAAAACCACCCAAGUGUGUAUGAGCUGUGAUGACAACACGGAGGCAACAGGUUACUGUGUGGAGUGUGUGGAGUUUCUGUGCGUGACGUGUAUCGAGGCGCACCAGAGGGUCAAGUUCACCAGAGACCACACCAUCCGCCAGAAGGAGGAGAUGUCUCCAGAAUCGUUGGGCAUAUCCACGCAGAGGCCCGUCUUUUGUGACGUCCACAAGCAGGAGCCGCUGAAGCUUUUUUGUGAGACGUGUGACCGGCUCACCUGCCGAGACUGUCAGCUCCUCAAGCACAAGGAUCACAAUUACCAGUUUUUGGAAGAUGCAUACAGAAACCAUAAGCAGUACCUGGAGACCAUGACACUGCAACUGCAAGAGAAAAGAAAGAACAUUGAGGACGUAUCUGGCUGUAUCAAUGCCGGGUUGCAGCAAGUUGAAGAAAAUCGCAAGGGUGUAACGAAUGAAAUAAAGAAGUCUAUUUGUAACUUGAUCAUGGAGAUCAACAGGAAGGGGAAGAUUCUGCUGAACCAGCUCGAGGCUUUGACCAAGGACCACGAGCUGGGCUUAAAAAAGCAGCAGGAUGACGUGGGCUCCCUGACCAGGCAUCUGGACCACGUCAUCAGCUUCACUAAAUGGGCCACAGCCAGCCAGAGUGGAACAGCUCUCCUGUACUGCAAGAGACUGAUCCUUUACCAGAUCCAUUACCUGAUGAGAGCGAGCUGUAACCCCUCCAUCGUUCCCCAGAGCUCUGUCCGCUUCCAGUGUCGCUCUGGUUUCUGGGCCACAAACGUAGACCUCGGUUCUUUGGUGGUGGAAAGGUGCCCGGGCCGGCCCCCUAUGACCAACCAGCAGCAGACGGGUCCCAGAGCAGAAGCUCCCCCAGGUGGUGUGUCCAUGUCGGCGCAGCAGCGGCAGAGCACGCUGGCUCAGCUCCAGAUGCAGGUUGACAAGCUUGCCAAUCAGCCUCACAGGCAGCCCCCUCCGAACCACUGGUCCUGGUACCAGAGCGUCAGACUCCCGGGACCUCCAGGCCCACCGCCCCCAACCAAGCCCAUCCAUGAGGGCUCAUCGCCCUCCCAAGGCCUCCUGGGUUUGGCGCAGCAAGGGAGAAGGUACAACCAUCCCAACCCUAGAAGCCCCACAUCAUCCAUGCUUCACAAUACGGCGUUCCCAACUGCACAGUCUCUCAGAGAUCUGAUCCAAAACUCCAGCUUCCCUCCUAAACCCAUGGAGGUGUCACAGGCUUCCCGUUACACUAACCCUUACACUGGAGGAGCAUCGGCUACGCAGACGUCGCUACACCAGAGAAACCUGGCAGAGUCCUCUUUCCUGAAGAGGAGUGAAGCUGAUGGAUCCGUCCCCUCCAUCAGCAUCUCUGUGCCCAAACCCAGUAUGGUUCCAAAUGUGUCUUUUGGAACCACAGACAGAACCAUCUCACUCGGCCACGUCACAGCUCAAGGAAGACAGGAUUCUCCGAUGGCCAAGCCUUCCUCUUCAGACAGAAGCACCGGGAUGCCUUCCUAUAAGCAAACCUCUGAACUGCCAUCAGCGCCCGUCUCCAAGCGGCGAAGACGGCAGUCCCCGGGGCCCGUCAUCGUCAUUAAAGACGAACCAGAGGACGAGGAUGAAGUUCAUUUUGUGCAGUCCAGCCGCGGCUCCAGCCUGCCGGACAGCAGCACCGGAGCUCAGUCAAAGUCCCGGCAGCAGAAGGCUUCUGCAUCGGCCACAAGCCCCGCGUCAAACUCAGAGGGCCAUCAUCCUCAGCCGCCAACGCAACCCGAGUCUGAAAAGAGGACGGGGCCGGAGGAAGACCCUAACGAGGACUGGUGCGCUGUCUGUCAGAACGGAGGAGAGCUGCUCUGCUGCGACAAAUGUCCCAAAGUUUUUCACCUCUCCUGCCACGUUCCCGCUGUGAACGAGUCCCUCAGUGGGGAGUGGUUCUGCUCUUUUUGCCGAGAUCUGGACUCCCCGGAGAUGGAGUACAACUGCGACAAAAGCGACGGCACAGUCUCAGAAAUCCUCCCACCUCUUGACAGAAGGAAGUGUGAGCGACUCCUGCUGCGCAUGUUCUGUACUGACUUCAGCGCCGACUUCCAGCAGGCUGCAACUCCGUCGGAAACGCGCCGGUACAAAGAACUAAUAAAGACCCCGAUGGAUUUGUCAGUAGUGAAGAAGAAGCUGCAGUCGAAGGACGUGGACGGUUACAGCAGUCCUGAAGGGUUUGUUGCAGAUGUCAGACUCAUAUUUUUCAACUGUGCCAAGUACUACAAGUCUACUUCGGAGGUCGGGAGUGCGGGUUUGUACCUGGAGGACUAUUUUGAGGAGCAGCUAAGGCUCAUCUAUCCAGACAAGAUCUUCCCUGGAGGAAGAGAAGAGCAGAUGAUUCCCCCUUUAGAGGAUGAGAUUGAUGAAGAAGAGGAGCAGUUAAAUGCGGCUUCCUUUGGAGAUGGUAAGUUAGAAAACUCUGCAGAGAUGGAAGUCCCUUCGGUGACAGACGACUCAGUUCCUCAAGAAGAAGCACAGGUCCAAACGGACAGAAUAAAGCCAGAAAGGGAAAAGAUGGAGACGGACGAAAAGAUGGAGACGGACGAAAAGAUGGAGACAGAGACGGACGAAAAGACUGAGACGGACGAAAAGACUGAGACGGACGAAAAGACUGAGACGGACGAAAAAACUGAGACGGACGAAAAGACUGAGACGGACGAAAAGACUGAGACGGACGAAAAGACUGAGACGGAUGAAAAAACUAAGACGGAUGAAAAGACUGAGAUGGACGAAAAGGAGACGGAAAACAUGGUUGCUGGCGUGGAGGGAGGCAGGCCUCCCAAAGAGGAGUCGCAGCAGGACGAGGCCGCUAAUGUUGAACAGCUGGAAAGCUGCCCAGCUGCUGAUAGUGACAGUAAAGACAAAGAAACUUCCAUUCCUCCUUACUCCUUAAAAGAGGAGACGCCUCAGAUUCCAGUCAAUGAGACUGCAGAACCACCUGAAACUAUGGAGCAGUCCACUCCUGCAGAUGCAGAUGCAGCUGCAGAUGCAGCUGCAGAUGCAUCUACAGAUGCAGCGGUGGAAGGAGACUGAUCAAAAGGCUGGAUAAACGAUGAUUUCAGUCUUCCAACAGAAGUGGCCCCAGUGGGGACCCACAUUUGCUGCAAUCAGAACAGUUUUGGAUCUGCAAAAGGAGAAUAGGAAUACUGAACAGACUGUUAACGGUUAAGCCGAUGAUGCACAACAAAGGAAGUAAAUAAGCUCUUCUGUGUUUUUACCUUCUGUGAUGGCGACUUGGGAAAGCGCACAAAUUAUAAUCUGUGUUUGUCAUGUUUUAAGUUAUGUUACUUUGCUUUCACUUGUACAUAAUAAUUGUAAAACGAAAGCACAAAUUAAAUAAAGGUCAAAGAUUCUGGAUCAGUAAUGCAUGCAAGAAGUCUUAUAAAUAGAAAUGUCUCUGUUUUGGGUUCAUAGAUUUUAAAUCAUGUAUUCUAGCCAUUUUGAUCAGAGACAAUUAAUUUUAUAGCUUUAGUUGUGUUUUGUUUUUAUUUAAUUUUUCUUUUCCAUCAUUAUUUAGUAUGGUUUUAUUAGGCACACAUGACCCGGAAUACUGUACAUUUGAAAGUCAUGCUGCUUGGUUGAUUAUCUCCUCAAAAGGGUUUAUCACACGGUAGCCUUGUUUUUAUCAAAAGACCUAUCGAUCUGAUUUUAUUAUGGACUGUUAUUAGAAAUCAUUCAGAAGUACAAUCACUCUCGCAUCGGUCUCUGCUUUCCCAGCUGUGUCCUCGUUUCAGAUAUUUUCAGGUCCUGCAACUUGUGAGAAAUGUAUAGAAACAUGGCAAAACAAAACAGCUUGUUGAUGGAGACUCAUAUUUGUGCUGAAGCGAGUUCAUCUAAACAUCACAGCCAUUUAUACUGAUUACCAGGCCCAUUUUAAUGCUACGUGAAACUACAGAAGACUUGUAAAUGAACAGUAGGAACAAUGCUGAGCAUGGAACAUAGCCGAUUUACAGUGUUUGUAAUAAAUAGCUCAUAAAUA